AUUUCCCAGCAAAUAUCAUGCAGCAGCUGUACUACAAAAGAUACACCAAACAAAACUCGGUUCAAGCAGACUGUCUGCUGAGUUUGCCAAGACUGAAACUAGUUUUCCUGUUGAUGAAGAAAAAUGUUCCCUGGAAACCGGUGUAAAGGAAAAGUCCAAGCAUGUACCAGAACCGACUUCAAAAUCUGUUCAGAGAUUUCUAAAUUCUAUGAAUAACUGGUUGUCUGGGGUGAAUUUUAAAGUACCACCACCAUGUCAUCUCAGAUAUCAGUAUCCUCCGCCCUCCCCUGAGGUUCUGGAAAAUAUAGCAAAGACAUUGGCUGCAGUCCCCAAAUUUUACACACAGGUGCUGCAUUUGAUGAAUAAAAUGAACCUUCCUUCUCCAUUUGAACCAGACUUCCCCAUCAUCUGUGAUAACCUUUUUGAAAUUAAAAAACCUUCCAAUGAGACGAACAUAAUUGCAGAUAACCCAGGAGUUCCUGAAAACUCAAACGAUGAAGAAUCAGAGAUAGAAAGUGAUGAAGAUGUACAUACACAGCUCAAGGUUGUUAUCCCAGAUAUCAAAUCCAAACCCAAAAAAGCAAUGAAAUUAAAUCCUUUGAAGGUUCUUAAAUCAAAGCGAGUGGAAAAAACAUCUCCAUCCAAGCGGAGGAAGCUGGAGACAGAAAAUGUAUUUGAGAAAUCAAAUCUUGAGCCUGGGCAAAAGACAAUCCAAGUGAAAUUGACCACCCCUGAUUUGAACUCAAUAGCAAGAAACGAAACUGAGCUUUUAACUGAAGAGGGCGGGUUUGGAGUUCUCAAUGUUACCAGCCAGGUAGAUGCAGAACCACCAGUUUCUUCUCGAACUGAAAAUGAGGAAAAGACACUUGCAGAUGACUACCCUUGUAUAACUGCCAAAGAACUUGCUGCAAAUCGUUUAUCUAAAAAGGAUCUAUCCAAUCUACCGGUAUUCAAAAACUACUCGCCAGGAAUUCCAUCAUGCCGAUUGUAUAUUAAAAAUUUAGCAAAAAAAGUUACGCCUGCAGAUUUACAUCACAUUUACAGGCGGUACUUUCUCAAAUAUCAUGAAGAGCAAGGCACAAUGUUUGACGUUCGUUUAAUGCAAGAAGGCAGAAUGAAAGGGCAAGCAUUUGUCACAUUGCAAACUGUGGAACAAACUAAGAAAGCUCUGGAAGAAACAAAUGGAUACAUUUUAAAAGACAAACCAAUGGUUGUGCAAUUUGCCAGAAGUGCUCCAGCAACUAAACUGGAUUCAUCUGCUACAUAAAUUCGUGUGCUAAGCAGAAAUUCUGACAUAUAUUAAUUGGAGCGUCAGGGCUGAGCUAAAAAAUAUGAGUGGACUGUAUAUAGGUGUGUCUCAUCUCUCUCUCCGAAAACUGAAUCCCCUCGAACCUAAAACGUGGUGGCGCUCAGCCGAUCAUCUUCCCAAAACCCUUUUGUUUGGGAAGAUGACAGCUAUGCGGCGGUGCGGCGGUUGUUCUGGACAGCGGUGGGCUCCAAGGCCGAGGUCUCCACAUGCGGUGGCAAAGGAGGCGGUAGUGACAAAAGAAAAAUGCAGCUUACCGUGCAGUACAGCUAAUAAAGGAAGAACGUGCUAAUAAGAAAGCGAAA